GGAUAUCACCAUUAACAGCCCCAUUUAUUUUUUAUUUUCUUAACAGCCCCAUUAACCAUCCAAACCUUGGCCGCGGUGGUCACGGUGUCACUGUCUUAGUAGGUACCAGUACCACUACUAGAGACGCUCAGAUUGCCCCACUAGCUAGAGAGCCCUCCAUAGAAAAAUGUGGCGAGGAGAAGAAGGCAACGAGGCCGAAGAGGUACCAGCUUUGGCUGAGGAGGAGAACGGCCCAGAUGAAGUUGAUCGGGAUAAUGCGGAACAGAUGGGGCCGUCAGAGCGGAUACCCCUACAGGGACCCCCAUUUAGAAUGGAUGAUCCAGCUCGAAUGCAGCUCACAAAUCAAGAGCGCCAAUGGGCACUGAGUAUCAAAGCAGCAAUUGAAGCUGACAAUCAGAUUGAUCCAAUAUCCGACUUUAUGUGUGUACACCUGGCCAUUUUCUUUCAGGGAGGCAUCGAAGCUGCUGUGGAGAGGGCUCUUCGCCUGCAGACAUUCCGACAGGAAUAUGAUAUUUUGGACACUCUGACUGAUAGUCGGAGGGCACUGCCAAAGCAUAUCAAGCUAUUCCCAAAACACUACUUGGCCUACAAUUUCAACAAGGAAGAUGGCAACUACUAUCUGGUGGCAGAUGUCACACAAUUUUCCAUGGACAAGAUGACUCGAACAGAAAUGUUCACUGCUUUCAAUGCUGGUGAAUACUAUUUGUUUCAUGCCAUGAGUGCUGAUUUUGAAUUGAUACGAAAGGGAGCUAUUUUGCUUGCCGAGUGCGAAGGUUAUAGCUGGACCCAACACAUGGAUGUCCGAAUGAUUCAGAAAGUAUGGCUGGAGCUGGCAUGGACAUAUCCUUUGCAGUAUCAAAAAGCCAAACAUUACAAUACGGGGGUCAUGUUCAAUGUGUUUUUGAGUCUGGUAAAGAAAAUUUUGCCAGCUCAGAUUGGGAGCAAAUUGGAAACGGGGUUUCGAUGUGAGCACCGGCUGGACACAAUCUACUUGGUUCCAACUGUAGAAGCUGCAAAUCAGAGAUGGCUUCACAAUUUAGAUCUUGUAUUACAGCGGCGAUACGAGUUGGAAAAAUCUUUCUCACUCUCUGAUAAAGCAACUGUAAAUAGCUGAGUAACUAUCUACCUACCAUACUGGCUCG